CAUGCCCACCCAGCCUUCAGUUAAGGGAAAAACGGCUCCCGGUUACUUUUCCAUCCCUCUGUCAAUGCUUCUGAGAGGAGUGCUUUCCACUCCAGCAGUGGGAGGAGGACUUGGAAAUCCAAUAAAACUUUUUGCAAAACAAAGAAGGCACUUGACAUAACUGGAUUGCUCAGGACUGGACUUUUUUUAAAGUUUAUCAAAGAUGUUUAUUAUAAUGCAGAUCCUUGUUUUCCUGUUAGGGAAUGUGGCAUUCCAGGUAUUUGCUGAAGAAGCAAGUACUGUCUUACUGGAGGAUGAAACAGCAACAGUGGACAGCAGAGACAGCGAUGUUUCCGAAUUUACAGAACUACCCUCUCUGUUGCCUUUGAUGACCACAGACAGUGUUCUCUCAACCAGCGACAAUGGUGAGAACUCAACUGACCCAGGUUUUACAGAACCGUCUGAUGAUGGCCUGGAAACAGCUGCACUGGUUGGCAUUAUAAUUGGUAUCAUUGUUGCCAUUGGAGUCACCACUGGAAUAAUCAUUAUGGUUGUGAAGAAAAUGGGCAGGUACUCGUCCUGAAAUCCAUUGAAGGGAGAGAGGAGAAGCUCUCACAUCAGAAGAGGCCUUCUCCUCCUGCGCUAGCCAUGGAAGCUGUUCUGGGGAAGACAGCAAUUUGUGGACUUACCAGCCCAUGGAGAUCUCACACAAUUCCUUGCAGCAAGCCUUUAUAAAAUUGCCUUAAAAAUGGAGGUGUUGCUCCCCUGAAAUAGAUAUAAGAGGGGGUGGGGGGAAUUGCACAAUGGGAAAGAUUUUGAAAAGAGCAACAAACAAAGCUGUUUACCUCCACAGUGCUAAUUAUAGCUUAUGAUAGGUAUGGAGGAACUAUACCUGUUCCCUGCAGGUGCUGCUGAACUACAACUCCCAUCAUCCCCGGCUAUUGGCCAUGCUUGCUGGGGCUGAUCGGAGCUGUAGUUCAGCAACAACUGGAGGGCCAAAGUUUCCCCACUCCUUAUUUACAGAAUUCCUGGAGCAACAUGGUUACUGCACUUCGUAUCCUUUAGGGCCAGCUGGUGGCUAACCAGUGGCCCUCCAGAUGUUUGUUGGACUCCAGUUUUCAUGAGCCCCAGCCAACAUGGCCAAUGGUUGGUGAUGGUGAUGGGAGUUGUAGCCUACCACACCUGGCAGGCCACAGACUAGCCAUUCCUGCUGCAGGGUUGGUUCCCACUGUAUUCCUAAGCCCUAGGAAUUCACUGGGUCUUACUUCUGAGUGGACAUGUAUAGUAUUGCACUGUUUGCCAUUUUUGUUUUGUUUUCUCCAGUGACAGAUAUCUUUCAAAGACGUUUUUAAAAAUCCUGCUCGCUUGGGAAAGUGAGUCUUAAACAGGGGCUGUGAUAUAUUCUGCACUAGGAAAUUUGGAAUUUUAGAAAACUCAAAUUUUGCUAUCUGUACCAGAAGAUUCGGGUUGUAAGUCCUACUUAAUGGGCACAAAUUAGGUUCAUAAAUUUCAAUGGGUCUACUCUGAGUAGGGCAGUUUUCAUAAGGGGACAUAGCCCUGAGGCUGAAGGAGGUUCCCUACCUUCCUCCAAAAAAUAAAUUUAAUAAAAUAAAAUAAAAAUAAUUUGGAUCCAAUGGGACUUUUGUUCUGGGGUUCACAUCAGGCACCGGGGGGCAAUUUGGCAAUGAGGGAGUGAGGAGGCACAGCAGGGGAGAAAUGAGUUCAUAGAAUUGUAGAGUUGGAAGGGGCCUGUAAGGCCAUCAAGUCUAACCCCCUGCUCAAUGCAGGAGUUAAACCUCUCCCACCCAUACAUUGCAGUCCUGAAGAAUAUGAACCCCUCUCCCAAACUUCCUAUUAAUGCUGCUUUUAAGAAGAAAAAAAGACACCUUUGUUAUAUGAAGUGUAAUCCUUGCACACACAAAUUGCGGCAGUCAUUUAUGGGGGCAGACUGGAGAAAUUGGGGGCUUUCUGUGUAAAUGGAGCUAGAGGCAUUGUAUGAAUUUCCUGUUAGGGGGAAAAUAACCCUACCUAAUUUAGAGCCCUACAGCAGGUUUUCCAAAGCCACAGAUGCAAAGGAUAAAUUCAGCCCUGAUCACACACACACACCCCUUUCAUUCUGCUGCUGAAACAAUCCUUUGGCCAGGAUAGGACCUACAGCGGCAGUCCAAGAGUCCACCAUGGAGUGCAUAUGAAUGACAUUCAUUCUUGCCAUCACUAGGGAUGGGUGAGAAUUUUGAUUCAGUUUACAUUUCAAGCAGAAUUUAUCAAAUUCGCAAUUUCCAAGACGACAUAAUAACCAAAGCACAUCCAUCCUUCGAAAUUCGCAUUUAUUAGAAUUUUGGGAUGCAGUUUGCCAACUAAGCAAGUUACAAAAAUGCAUAUAUUAGGGGCAAGUGUGCAUAAAAAUGAAUACAUGCGUGAAAAUAACAUGCAAAAAGGCAUGAAACGAGAAGUGGCUUGCAAAAAUGUGUCCCUUUGUCAAAACUGCCUGCAAAAAUGUGUUUGUUUGGAGAAAUUCACACUAAAAUGGUGGAGGAUUCUCAUGAGGAUUUUUUUUUAAAAAAAUCACAAAUAGCUGUAAACAUGUAGAGAACUGAAUUUAACAUUGGAAAAAUGAGAAACUGAGAGAACCGGAACAGACAGAUCUCUUCAUCCCUAGCCGUCACUUGAAGCAUGCGUUGUGUCUUCCCCCAAAGCAAGGUACAGAAUGGAGUGGCUAUCAACUCUCGUGAACACAUGCUCAAGAUCUCCUGGCUUCCCUGGACAAAGACUUGUAAUGUAUUAAGUCCUGGGAAAGAGUCCAGAGUUCCUUUUGUUUGUUGUAAAUCUGUUGUCAAAGAGCUGAGCUUUGGAAAUAAACACUGUCCUCCA